AUGGCGUCUCCUCAAGAACAGUCCGACGUCGAAACUGAUGUCGAAACCGAUGUCGAAACCGACGUUAGACGCAGCGUCGAAUCCGACGAGGAACCCGACGAGGAACCAAAGGUUAAACUGCCUCCCGAAAUCAUUACUAUGAUCGCCGAAAGGAUUGUUGGUCAAAAUUGGAAUGCCAAGGAGGGAAUAAGUGAUACUCUCCGGGCAAGAUUGGUCAAUAAAAAUUUCAAUAAAAUUGUUUCACGGACGGCAUUUACAGCCCUAGACCUUGACAAGCUCGAUGCACAAGUUCCCGAGAUAAGGCAAGAGACAUUAAUCUGGUUGCUUGAACAGGCAGUUGAAUUAGCAAAGGAAUGUCGUAAAUUCCUGGCACAAGAGGACGCCCGUGACUUGUUUCAAGACUGCCCCUUUCAGGAACUCUGCAACAAGGACGAAUACGGCAAACCAGUUUUGACACCUGAAAUUUAUCUCAAGGAUGCUUGCUACCUGGUGCUCCUAUACCAAGGAGCAGACCAGGCACGUACAGCAAUAAGAAAACCAGAGCCAUUAUGGCCAGAAAUGGUUAACUGCAGGCUGAUGGUGGCUGCCGUUGCCGGCGAGGAAGGCCUUGUUCGAUGGCUGGUACAAAACAGUGAACUUGAGAGAAACCGUCUCAAUUACAAAUCCAACAUGCUUGGAUCUGCACUUCUCGCCGCUGUAUUGGGCAAGCGUUACAACAUCGUCCUCGGUUUAAUCCGAUACGGCGCCGACCCACGUGACAUCUGCGCAUGGGAACAAGAACCCCCGUUGACUUGGGCGGUGUUUCGCAAGGAUGUGAGGUUGGUCCGCGCGCUUCUCACAAGUCCCUUGAUAGACCCAAACCAAACGACCAGUGACUGUGACGAGCCUCUUUUCGUAGCUUGUUUUUACGGCCUUGAGGAUAUCGCGAGAUUGCUCUUGCAGGAUCCGCGGGUCCGUCCAGACACAGAAAGCAACUUCUCGGGCCUGACCCCUCUCGGAGUCGCUAUUAAAAAGAACCGUGCAGGGAUAGUGAGGUUGCUAAUUGACCGAAAGCAGCACAUAAAUGUGAACCGUCACACCCCGCUAAACGAAUGCGCCUUGUACGCCGCUGCAGGCAAAGGACGCACCGAAAUCGUGAGCUACCUGUUAAAAUGGCCGGAUAUAAAUGUCAACUUUAUACCCGAUGACCCCCUUGACCGCAAUAAACUCGAAAAAGUGACUCCGUUAAGGUUGGCUGUUCUCAACAAGCAUCAAACGACCGCCACCUUGUUGUUGCAAUUUUCAAAAGCAGAUCCAAAUUUGACAAGCACUCCACGGGAGGAUUCCCUCCUUUUACUUGCUGCCAAGAAUGGCAUGAUUAAUGUUGUGGACACCUUGCUUCAUCGUCCAGGAUUUGAUGUCAAUACUACCGUCAACUCGAGUGGUUAUAACGCGGUAUCGAAUGCAGUGUUGGGUGGCCAUGCCUCCCUUUUUCACUACCUUCUUAAGACCUAUCGUGUUGACAUGACAAUAGGCAAGUUGAACUCGCCUGAUUUGCUUCUGCAUGUGCCGGAUGGGAAGAUCAUGAAGACACUGCUCAGACAUUUCCCGGAGCGUAUAAACAAUCGAGACGAGAUAUAUGGUGAGACAGCCCUGAUGAGAGCUAGCAUGUCUGGCUGGUUUGAGGUAAUUAGGGUGCUGUUAGAGUCCCGUGCGGAUGCUUCUCUCAGGAACAAGAGAGGCAAAACUGCGCUUGAACUCGCGGGGGGACGGCGAAAGGUUGUGGAUAUUUUCAAUGAAUACGGAUAUUGUUAG